UGGACAGUAUAGACAUCUACCUAAUCUACCAUACCAAGUAGAAAUACUCAGGUUAUAAGUUAGUCGCCUACGUAUGGAAUCGCAGAUUACAAACAGAAUAUAACAGCGUUUUAUUUUAAUAAACAAUUAUAAUCUAAAACUGCUAUAUUGUUAAAAAAUUUAACUUAUUAAAAAAUUUAAAGAUUGAAUGCAUUAACGAUGUCUUAUUUAUUUCAACCCGACUAUGUGAGAUAUGUUUGCAGCUGUGGGUCAUUGAAAUCUAUUGCUAAAAUUUACUUUUGCAGACACUGUUUGAGUAUUCGGUGUGGUUAUUGUGUUUGUCAUGAGGUGGAUUCAUAUUACUGUUCUAAUUGUUUAGAAAAUCAUCCUCCAUCAGAAGUUCGACUUAAAAAGAACAAAUGUUCAAAUUGUUUUGACUGUCCUUGUUGUGCCCAAACACUAUCAAUUCGUUCUGGGCAAGUAUUAUUAAAACCAAUUCAAGCGACUACUGUAGAAGAAUCAAAACCAACAACAAAAAAAGUUUACUAUUUGAGUUGUUCUUUAUGUCGAUGGAGUUCUAGAGAUGCCGGCAUUCCGGAUCAAACUGUUGCUACUGGAAGUUGGAAAGAGCAAGAGAAUCCAAAUGUAAACAGGAUAACAGCUUUGAUAAAUUAUCAUAAAAUUUUAGCAUCCAUAGAAAAACAACAAAAGGAGCGGAAGAAAUAUCAAGCAAAGCGAAAUUUUUUACAAUAUGAGAAAUUUGGAAUUACCUCAACUGUUGCACGUAAAAUUACUGGACGACCAUCGCCAAAACCACAGUCACAAAUCAGUGACCAACCACCAGCCUCUAAAGCUACAGAAGAAGUUGAGGAACUUCCAGAAGAUAUUUUUUCAAAGUCUGUAGAUAUAACAAAAAUAACUACAUUGGAUCAAAGAUUGCGACACCCUGAUCUACAAGCAGAAUUUAUCAAUGAACUAAGGCCACAACGUAAACAAUUCAUAAUAAAAAGAUCUCAACGUUGCAGAUCUUGUGAACACAAUGUUAGUAAACCUGAUAUUUGUCAAGCAUCUAUUAAAUUCAAAAUUCAAUUGGCAGCAUUCUAUCAUAUUCCGGAAGUACGAAUUGUGACAUGUGAACCAUUACGCCUUGGGAAAUGUAGUGAAUUACUUUUAAAAUUUUGCAAUCCUACUCAACAUCAAAUACAGAUAGUACUUCUACCUUUGGAUACUCCAAUGAUACCUACCAAAACUACUGCAACUGGUGUUAAAGAAGAAAUUAAACGUGAAAACGUGCAAAUGGGCUGUGAUUCACCUAAUUUGUUACCAUCUGCUGUACGACAGACUGUUGUUAUUGAAGAAUCAAAACCAAUAACAAUAGCUCCAACUGGUGAAGUUAUAUUACCAAGUAAUUUAAUAAUUUUACCACCUAGAGACGACACUGCAGAAUACGAUGAGCCUGGGGAUAAUCAUAAUUUUCAGGAUGAUCCAAAAUUAGUUGUUUGGCGGAAGGGUAAUAAGGCGGUGAUUCGAUUGCAUAUAUUACCUUAUGUUGACAAAGAAAAAAGAGCAGAAGGUGAUCCUAUUGUUAUAGGCUUUGUUAUGCAGUAUGGUUAUGUUAAUACAAUAGCAACAUUGGAGCAUAAGGCUCCACAAAAAUUGGAUUUAAAAGUAAAAUUAUUUAUAACAGCUGGGAAUUUAACUGGUGAUGCAUAACAUUAUUUACUGUGAUUAAAUACAUGAAUCAACAUACGCAAUAUCCAAAUUGAAUUGAUUAAUUUUCCCUGAU